AAAAAAAAAAAAAAAAGGAAAAGUUAGCCAGAGGACACAACUCAUGGUGACUGUACACGGUGAAAAGGAGGGGGACUCUACUUUUUAUACCAUUACUCGGAUUGUGAUUGCAGUCUCCAAAUGAUAAAAUGCUCACCGGGUUCUCUAUCAGAGUUUGGGAGCCUUUUCAAAGUUGGAUUUAAACAGUGGAGACUGAGAUUUGGACGCUAUGCUUCGCUCGACUUGAGACCAACGCUGAAGUCAUUUUAAGGUGGACGAAGUUUUUGGCUCAACUUUUUGUGUGUGCGCGCGCGGUGGACAUUAAAAUACAUGGACAUUAGUAACUUUAACUUUGCAACUUGUGUGGUUGCUAUUGUCAUGUCUCCAGCGAACCGGGCGCACAGUGCCAUUUAAACGGCUUUUUUUUUCUUGUUAGACGUUUGCAAACAUGUCACAAAAAUUGGUGGUUACGCUGAGAAUGUAGCGUUAACUGUCAAAUGGACGGUUAACAAUUCUUACUUUGAGUCGGAAGUGCAACAAUCUGACCUUCUUUCUUACCAGGCUGUGGAUCACCUUGGACUCGAAGCGCGCGUCGGACAUCGAAACGAAAGUUGGACCUCUCUCCUAAAUGACCACUUGUUUUUGGUUUGGAGUGGACUUCAAAUGAAACUUUCAGUAUGAUUUAAAGGGUAUCUAAUCUAUACAAGGGUGCACUAAUAUUCCAAUUUGCGGGUUCGAGGGGAGAACUCAGCGGCUGCGCUCUUAAAACUGGAUACAAAAUGGCGGCGUCCCCGGGACGUUUUGGAUGUGCUUCUCGUUGUGUUUUUUAUUUCUUUUUUUCACUCGAACUUUUUACCACUCAUGGAUUGAGUUCCGAGUUGCACUGUGCCCAGAACUGUACCUGCGAUAGAGAUUCUGUGGACUGCAGUAGUCUGGAACUGACAGCUCCGCCUGCGGAUCUGCCUGUCCGGACGAUUUCCUUGCGGCUGGACCACAAUGAGCUGACCUCCUUACCAGAUUUGGGACAGGCAGCUUCCAGGAUUAUAUCACUCUACCUACAUCAUAACAAAAUCCGCAGUAUUGAGGGGAUACGGAUCAGAGACUUGGUUUCUUUGGAAACCUUGGACCUAAGCAAUAAUGACAUCACUGAACUACGAGGACACUCCUUUCCUGCAGGCCUUCAGAUUAGAGAUUUGUACCUAAGCAACAACAAGAUCAGCACAUUAGAGCUGGGAGCACUGGACCAUCUCGGCUCCACUCUCCAGGUCCUGAGAUUGAGCCGAAACCGUGUCAGUCAGAUUCCUGUGAGGGCAUUCCAGCUCCCGAGGCUCACCCAGCUUGAACUCAACAGGAAUCGUAUCCGUCAAGUCGAGGGUUUGACCUUCCAGGGUCUUUCGAGCUUGGAGGUGCUUAAGCUACAAAGAAAUAGCAUCAGCAAGCUGACUGAUGGUGCUUUCUGGGAUCUUGCCAAGAUGAAAGUCCUACAUCUGGACUACAACAGCCUGACUGAGGUAAACAGUGGCUCCCUGUAUGGCUUGAGUUCUCUUCAGCAGCUUUUCCUCAGUAACAACUCAAUAACCCGCAUCAAUCCCGAUGGCUGGAAGUUCUGCCAGAAGCUCAGGGAACUGAAUCUGUCGUAUAACAACUUGACUCGUCUGGAUGAAGGCAGUCUGGCUGUGCUGGGCGAUCUCCACACCCUCCGUCUGGGGCACAACUCAAUAAGCCACAUUGCUGAGGGAGCAUUCAGAGGCCUCAGGGCUGUACGCAUCCUGGAGCUGGACCAUAACGACAUCUCGGGCACAAUAGAGGAUACCAAUGGGGCCUUCACUGGAUUAGAUAGCCUCAGCAAGCUAACUCUGUUUGGAAACAAGAUAAAGUCUGUGGCGAAGAAAGCCUUCGCUGGCCUAGAGACCCUGGAACACCUAAACUUGGGUGAGAAUGCUGUCCGCUCCAUCCAGCCCGAUGCCUUAAGCAAGAUGAAGAACCUCAACAGCCUUCUCAUCCAGAGUGACAGCUUCUUGUGCGACUGCCAGCUCCACUGGCUGCCUGAGUGGUUGGUGACCCACGGUUUACAGAGUGGUGUUAAUGCCACAUGUGCCCACCCUGAGAGUGUUAAGGGUACCAGUAUAUUUCAGGCUCCAUCUAGCAGUUUUGUGUGUGAUGACCUUCCCAAACCCCAGAUCACUGUUCAGCCAGAAACCAGCGUCACAGUCCUUGGCAGCAAUGUGCGUCUCACCUGUACGGCCGCGAGCAGCAGCUCCUCCCCUAUGACCUUCGCAUGGCGCAAGGACCAGGAGCUGCUUCGACACGCCGAAACGGAGAACUAUGCCCACGUGCGCGCUGACUACCAAGGUUCCACAACCGACAGGGCGGGCGGAGGCACCGGUGGCGUGAUGGAGUACACGACGAUCCUGCACCUGCGACAUGUCACCUUCGCACAUGAGGGGCGUUACCAGUGCAUCAUCACCAACCACUUUGGCUCCACUUAUUCCAGCAAGGCCCGCCUCAUUGUCAAUGUUCUGCCAUCUUUUCUGAAGACUCCCAGGGACAGCACCAUAAGAACAGGCCACACCGCCAGGCUGGAGUGCGCCGCUGAGGGCCACCCAGCACCACAGAUUGCCUGGCAGAAGGAUGGGGGCACGGAUUUCCCCGCCGCCCGUGAGCGCCGAAUGCAUGUCAUGCCUGACGACGACGUCUUCUUUAUCAUGGACGUUAAGCCGGAAGACAUGGGCAUGUACAGCUGUACGGCCAAAAACACAGCGGGAACUGUGUCUGCUAAUGCCACGCUCACUGUACUAGAAACCCCCCACUUGGCCCAGGACCUUGAGGAUCGCAAUGUGGUCGUGGGCGACACAGUAGCCCUGCAGUGCAAGGCGCUGGGCAGCCCUCCGCCCCGCAUCACAUGGCUACACAACGACCAGCCCCUGCGCCCCUCCGGGCGCCAUCACUUCACCCCCGGCAACCAGCUGUUGGUCAUCGGCGCCGCGUCGCUGGAGGACGCCGGCCGCUACACCUGCCUUAUGUCCAACACGCUGGGCACGGAGCGCGCUCACAGCCAACUGCUGGUCACUCAGCGCCGCAGCCCCUGCCCCGUGUCGGCCGGACUGAGCACGGUCACCAUCGGGAUCAUUGUCAUCGCCGUGGUGACGAGUAUCGUGGUCACCUCCCUGGUGUGGGUGUGCAUCAUCUACCAGACGAGGAAAAAGAGCGAGGAUUGCAGUGUCACAAACACAGAUGAGACGAUCGUUCCUCCCGACGUGCCGAGCUACCUCUCCUCUCAGGGGACUUUGUCCGAGCGCCAGGACGUGUGCAUCCGCGUAGAGGCUGCCAGCGGACCUCAGCCCAACGGACACAUCGUUGACUCGACAGGUUUCGAUGGUCCAGUCAUGUGCACAGACUGUAUGGAGAGUAAUGACCACUUCUCCAAAGACACAGACUACCAGGUGCACAAUUUUGCCCCGGCAGGACUUACCGAGUACCAUCAGCACCAUGCUCCACCGCCCUACUCUCACUGCCACCCGGGGGAGCGCACGGCACCCCUCUGCAACGGCAUACGAAAGGACACUCAAGGAAUUUCUGACAACCAUAGCGUGCUGCAAAUGAAUCAGUGCGAUAGAAAAGCGAGCAGAGUGGGAGAAACACCAUCUGCGUACAAGUCGCAGGAGGAUUCUUUCCACCUUCCAGUGAAGUUGGCGAGUCGAGGACACCUCGAUAGUGACUGCGAGCCUGAGCUCAGGCAGACUCUGCUGUCCAACAGACACUCCCUAAAUGUCUCGACCAACGAAAGUGCUUCACCUGAGGAGAGCCAGGGACUAGCGGUGGACUCGCUGUAGCUCCGUGAACCUUUUUUAGUUGUCUUUCUUUGCACUGGGAAAUAAACUGCUACCUCAUAUCGAGGCGAAGUGCUCCCAAGCCUCCUGGAUCUUGGAGUGCCGAGGGGGGAAUCCGGAGUUUGAAGGCGGAGCUUGUGUGGGUAGCGUCCCAUCUGAGCGUAUGUGCUGUACAUAGUUUAAAAACCUUCCUUUGGGAGGUGACGAGUAAGAAUUCUAGCUCCAAAAAUGUGACUUGCAUUUGCGGCAAAUAAAUGUAGGGAACCAUGUACAGUAUGUGAACGUGCAGGGACAGGAGACUGUACAUAAGAGUUUUCUUAUAGUAUAUCUUUUACAAAAGAGUAUUUGGAUUUAUGUGCAUGACAAAGAAAGGAGUGAUAGUAUUUUUAUUCAAAAGACAAAACAAACAAAAAAUGCCCUUUUUCAGCUUUUACCAACAGUCAGCUGCGGUGCCUUAUUGCAUGGUCAAAGAAAUCAAUGUGUAAUAAUAGCAUAUAUGAGCUUUUACUGAGAGACACUGGUACACUAUUGCAAACAAAACACUUGAUUGCACUUAAAUGUUUUCUUUUCUCUGCCACCAGUCACAGCCAAAUGAUCAUUACUACUUUCAUUAUUCAUGGAUGUCGUAUGACGGACAAGCCUUUUGUGGAAACGAUGUCGGUGUGUCUGAUUGUCGGAGGCUGCCAACGAAAGCACUUGUUGGCUCCUUUCAUGGUCAUGACAUGAUGUCUUUCAGCAGGAAUGUAGUAUAUUCUCUAACAAGAAGCUUUGCAUCUUGACUUUGGGUCCUCACCAGCUCCAAAGGUUGUCAUCUGGGUGGCAUUUGAACUGACUCUCUGCUUAAUACUGACUGUUGUAUGUUGUGUUACUGCUGUAAAGUGAAUUCAUAAGCAACAGCCAAGUUCUCAGCAUUACCUUGAUCUGAACUGUGACCCUAUCAAGGUAAACAGGGGGGGACACUCCCCUGAAUGGCAGCAAUAACCUGUUACCAUCACAGUCAGUGUAGCGGGUAAAAGGGACAAACAACUAGAAGUGUAGCUCAACGUUAAUUUAUUAAAACACAUUGAAUGUCAGCAUUAAAAAAAAUGGUGAAGUGUCUGCCAUGGUAUUGAAGUGUCUAAUAAAAUCACAUUUGGCUUUUA